CACCACAUUCCCAUCUACUUUCUCCACCACCAAACAGACCCAGCUCACUGACACUGACACUGGCUCUCUCCACGUUCUGUGUCUAAAAAAAUUCAUACUUCAGAGAGGGAAGAGCGAGAGAAUCUGGAUCACCAAGGAAGGGUUUCUCUCUUUCUCUCUUUCUCUAAUGGCGAUAGCCACCUUUUCAAACUUCUCCUCAUGCGCUCUCUCCUUCCCAACCCCCACGCCCCACCUCUCCCCUCCAAUUCUCAGCGUCACCACUCGCCGCAUCACCGCUGCUUCCGUCCUCACUCCUCCUCAACUAAUCUUCGACUCCCGCCGUUAUCGGCUGCCGACCGUGGUGCUUGCCGUAGGUGAUGGAGGCUCCGGCGGAGUACCAGGCGGAGGCGGAGGCGGAGGUGGAGGUGGUGGAGGUGAGGACGGAGAUGCCGAGGAGAGGAACAGGACGGAGGCGAUUCUGGCUUUGGCGGAGAUGGGGAGAUCUCUGGACAGUCUUCCGAAGGAUCUGGCAGCGGCGGUCCAAGCCGGGAGGAUACCGGGAGCGAUAGUGAGCAGGUACUUUGAGCUGGAGAAGUCUGCGGUGUUCCGGUGGUUGCUUCAGUUCGGAGGAUUCAAGGAGCGGUUGCUUGCGGAUGAUCUGUUUUUGGCUAAGGUUGCAAUGGAGUGUGGUGUUGGGAUCUUCACUAAGACUGCUGCAGAGUUGGAACGGCGAAGAGAAAAGUUUAGUAAGGAGCUGGAUUUUGUUUUUGCUGAUGUGGUAAUGGCCAUUAUAGCAGAUUUCAUGCUUGUCUGGCUCCCUGCUCCUACAGUUUCUCUUAAACCACCUCUUGCAGUCAGUGCUGGGGCUCUUGCCAAGUUUUUCUACAGAUGUCCUGAUAAUGCAUUUCAGGUGGCUUUGGCUGGUACAUCUUAUUCAUUUUUACAGAGAAUAGGUGCAAUAGUGCGUAAUGGGGCCAAGCUAUUUGCAGUUGGAACUGGUGCAUCUCUGGUUGGUACUGGUAUAACAAAUGCAUUGAUUAAUGCACGGAAGGCUUUUGAUAAAUCUUUUGCUGCCGAAGCAGAGGAUGUGCCCAUUAUUUCAACUAGUGUUGCUUAUGGAGUCUAUAUGGCAGUUUCUAGCAAUCUCAGAUACCAAGUAUUGGCUGGGGUCAUUGAGCAACGGAUUCUAGAACCAUUGCUGCACCAACACAAGCUUAUGCUGAGUGCAGUCUGCUUUGCUGUUCGAACUGGCAACACGUUCUUGGGAUCAUUAAUGUGGGUGGACUAUGCACGCUGGAUUGGAAUCCAAAAGAUUCGAGAAUAGAAUGUUGGGUGGACUAAUUUUACCUUCAUGUGGAUGCUGAUUCUUAUGGGGUUUCGGGGAAUAAUGAUAGAUCAUGUUGAUUCUUGAGAAAUAAAAGGGGAACCAUGGUUGCCAAUUCAUUGUAAUGGUUGUUGUGAAAAUGGGAAUUGCUCUCAGACCUCAAGAAGGAAAAUUGUAUAUUUGUACGAGGCAUAUCCUCUGGUUUAACAUAAUGUAUUUGGACGUUUCUUUCAGGCA